CCGCGGCAGCCUGGGGCUGGGGGCCGGGCGGCUGGAGGAUAAAAAAAACCCCAGGGCGCUCCGGGAGGCCUGCUAGCUCUGCUCGCUGCGCGCCCGCCCCAGCCCUGACCGCCUGCGAUCCAGCUGAUGUCUCAGCUGGGGAGCAGAGAAAGGAAAACACAAGUCCAGACACAGAGCAAUUUGGUGGCAGAACUCCAGAAGGUUCCCUUGAAGUCAUCAUGAUGUGGUACCCACCAGCCACCCUCUCUCUGUUCCUGCUGCUGCUAGGCCAGGCCCCUCCCAAUAAAUCACAGUCACCAGGCACCAAGAAGCUCCGGCUGGUGGGCCCAGGGAGCAGGCCAGAGGAAGGCCGCCUGGAGGUCCUACACCAGGGCCAGUGGGGCACCGUGUGUGAUGAUGACUUCGCUCUCCAGGAGGCCAUGGUAGCCUGCCGCCAGCUAGGCUUUGAGUCUGCCUUGACCUGGGCCCACAGUGCUAAGUACGGCCAAGGGGAGGGACCCAUCUGGCUGGACAAUGUACGCUGUCUGGGCACUGAGAGCACUCUGGACCAGUGUGUGUCUAAUGGCUGGGGUGUCAGUGACUGCAGCCACUCGGAAGACGUCGGGGUGGUGUGCCAUCCCCAGCGCCAGCGUGGCUUUCUCUCUGAGAGGAUCUCAAAUGCCCUUGGGCCCCAGGGCCGGCGGCUGGAGCAAGUGCGGCUCAAGCCCAUCCUUGCCAGUGCCAAGCGUCACAGCCCAGUGACUGAGGGUGCUGUGGAGGUGCGAUACGAGGGCCACUGGCGACAGGUGUGUGACCAGGGCUGGACUAUGAACAACAGCAGGGUGGUAUGCGGGAUGCUGGGCUUCCCCAGCCAAGUGCCUGUCGACAGCCACUACUACAGGAAAGUCUGGAAUUUGAAGAUGAAGGAUCCCAAAUCUAGGUUAAAGAGCCUGGCGAAUAAGAACUCCUUCUGGAUCCACCGGGUCAACUGUACGGGGACAGAGCCCCACCUGGCCAACUGCCAGGUGCAGGUGGCUCCAGGACGGGGCAAACUUAGGCCAGCCUGUCCAGGUGGCAUGCAUGCUAUAGUCAGCUGUAUUCCAGGGCCCCGAUUUCACUUACCAAAGGGGAAGCCCCGGAGCAAGGAGCCCCGGGCAGAGGAGCUGAAGGUGCGCCUACGCUCCGGGGCCCAGGUGGGUGAGGGUCGGGUAGAAAUGCUUGUGAACGGCCAGUGGGGCACCAUCUGUGAUCACCGGUGGAACCUCAUCUCUGCCAGCAUUGUAUGUCGCCAGCUUGGCUUUGGCUCUGCACGUGAAGCCCUGUUUGGGGCCCAGCUGGGCCAAGGGCUAGGGCCCAUUCACCUGAGUGAGGUGCGCUGCAGGGGUUAUGAGCGGACCCUCAGUGACUGCCUCGCUUUGGAGGGGCCCCAGAAUGGCUGUCACCAUAAGAAUGAUGCUGCUGUCAGGUGCAACAUCCCGGAUAUGGGCUUCCAGAAUCAGGUGCGCUUGGCAGGUGGGAGAAGCCACGAGGAGGGCGUGGUGGAGGUGCAGGUGGAAGUAAAUGGGGUCCAACGCUGGGGUACUGUGUGCAGUGACCACUGGGGGCUCACUGAGGCCACGGUGGUCUGUCGACAGCUCAGCCUGGGUUUUGCCAACUUUGCCAUCAAGAUGGGUCCGAAUGCAACAUGGACUGCACAAGAUGUAGAGGUUUUCAUCAGUGACAACUUUCAGGCCCAGGCAGGGCCUAGCCUUGUGGAGGAUACCUGGUACUGGCAGGGGACACCAGAGGCUGGAGAAGUGGUGAUGAGUGGGGUGCACUGCUCAGGGACAGAGUUGGCCCUGCAGCAGUGUCAGAGGCAUGGGCCUGUGCACUGCUCCCAUGGCACCGGGCGCUUUUCAGCAGGAGUCUCCUGCACCAACAGUGCUCCAGACCUGGUGAUGAAUGCCCAGCUGGUACAGGAGACGGCUUACCUGGAGGACCGCCCACUCAGCCUGUUGUACUGUGCCCACGAAGAGAACUGCCUUUCUCAGUCUGCCGACCACAUGGACUGGCCCUAUGGACACCGGCGCCUAUUGCGCUUCUCCUCACAGAUCUACAACCUGGGCCGGGCUGACUUUCGUCCCAAGACUGGACGCCACAGUUGGAUUUGGCACCAGUGCCACAGGCACUACCACAGCAUCGAGGUCUUCACCCACUAUGAUCUGCUCACACUCAAUGGCUCCAAGGUGGCUGAGGGGCACAAGGCCAGCUUCUGUCUAGAAGACACAAACUGUCCUACAGGACUGCAGCGGCGCUACGCGUGUGCCAACUUUGGGGAACAGGGAGUGACUGUGGGCUGCUGGGACACCUACCGGCAUGACAUUGACUGUCAGUGGGUAGAUAUCACAGAUGUGGGCCCAGGUGACUAUAUCUUCCAGGUGGUUGUGAAUCCCACAAGUGAGGUGGCAGAAUCUGAUUUCUCCAACAACAUGAUGCGCUGCCACUGCAAGUAUGAUGGGCAGCGGGUCUGGCUGCACAAAUGCCAUACAGGAGAUUCAUACAGAGCCAAUGCAGAACUCUCCCUGGAGCAGCAACGACUCAGGAACAACCUUAUCUGAAGCCAUCACUGCACACUCCCAGCUGCUGCCCACACACCAGAUACCUCAGCUUAUUGGAGCCAUGCCCUUCACAGUCCUGACUCAAGAGGAAAAGGGGCCAAUUCCAAAGGGCACCAAGAACAUGCUCAGGAAGCCUUUUGAUGGCACAAUCACCAAACCUGAAUGAUACUGCUCCCUCAGGAUGGUUCUGGGCCUGUCCCUUGAGAGCCUGUGGCCUACAGAGUAUGGCCUCUAGGCUUUGUUCUGCUAAGUUCCUCUUCUGGAAGGUCACUUAAUCUUUCCUGAAACCCACUGCAGAUGUCCUGGCUUCUGGAGCUCUCAGUUCCAUAGGGAUUUACUGUGGGCACAGUCCCCCAGCUAAGUGGUACUUUGUAAAUGUACCAAAACAUAAAGGAAGUGGGGCUAGUUCUCUGGUAACUGUCAAAGGCACAAAUGAUAAUGGUGAAUGCAGUCUCUCACCUUAUUUGUUCUCAUUUAGAACUCAGUUCUCAUAUUCUUUAACGAGUCUUCUUCUUAGUGUUUUUACCUUUUAUCCUGUCAUAUCCCUGGGUGUUUCUAAUACCCCUACAAAUUUAAGCCUCAGCAAUCCCAUCAUCUCCUGAUGGAUCAACACCAGGAGUUACUGAGUGCUUGAGAAGGGGCAAGUUUCACAGAAGUGGUCAGAUAAGGCCUUCCUGCAGAGCAGCAGGAGAAGGCCUAAGGUAACAGAUCCCAGCUUGUGUCAAGGCCUCUGCCAAGGAAAGAAAUAUGUGUCAUAUAGUUGACAGACAAUCCAGUCUCUCAGGACCACCACACAUCACAGGAUUGGCCUAAAUUUCAGAUCUCAACCAAAUCAGCUUUACGUUGAAUAAAUUUUUGCAAUGGAAGGAACAUAGGUCAAAGAAGCCACUCUACAGGAACAAGGAGACAGGUGUGGCAAAGUGAGAGACAAAGGAUUAUAGAGAAAUCAGAUGGGGGAACAUUUAAAGACUGAACCCGGAAAAGGCCACCAUCCCUACCUGAUGUGGCUGAACUAUGCUCUUGGUUAGGUGGUGUAAAAUCCCAUGGUUUUCUUAAACAUGACUCUUGAUCUUUUCUCAACUGACACACACUUAAAGAGAUAAUCCUUGUAAAUCUGACAUGCUAAUGUCAAUAAAAUUUCUCGUUAUGGACUGCUAUAAAGCCAAGACCAGCUGUGAUUAUGUACAGUUCCCAGCACACUACCUCCCCCCCAUUGCAAUGGGGAUGAGGAUACAUGGGGCACAUGUAUUACACAUGUACAUUUCUCUAAUCAGGUAUUAGCCCACUGUCUGCUUUUCAGUUGCCUUCAUCAUGCUCAAUGCUAAAAUACAGGCUGGAAAGGUUAUAGAAUGAAAGGUACAAGAAGGUAAAGUCUAAGAACUGUCAACUUUUGUAAUAGAGGCUGCAAACCCAAAAUGAAUGGUAGCAGACAAAGCAGAUAAUAAUAGUAGUCUUACCCACAUCACAAGAGCCACUCUCUCCAUAAGGAGUCAAAGGGACUCCUCUAGUCCAGGUGGUACCAUCUGUGAAUACAAAGAAGUGCUUCCUUCCUUCCUUUCCUCUACCCUUUUGAUUCUCAACUUUCUCAUCCCCUUUAUUAGGGAGAGGGAGCAUUAUACUUUGGCAUGGCAGUUUAGGUAAACAGGGGAAGGACUGAUUUCCUGUUGGAUCCAGCAAACCUCUCCCAAACAGUAACAAUAUAAUUCUCACACAUGCACCAAAUGGUCUAUGAAAGAAUAUGUAGCUAGCCCAGGAGUGUGUGGUGACUGAUGACUAGAUUUAGACACGGAGGUUACCCUCAGCUUCUUGCUGAAUCUAGUUUCCAAGACAGCCAGAAAGAGCAGGCCAGGCAGACAACCACUGGCUCUGAUCUCAGUCUUGCUGCCCACAUCACAUGUCUAAUAGGUGCGGCCUGUUAUAAUUCCUGGAAAAAGCUAUACAAGGGUUGUGCUGUUAUAGCACUGAGUUGAAAGGGAAGGUCAUGGGAAGACUGGUGGCUGGCAUGCCUUCUAACUAGAUGAGGAAUGUUAAUUGAAUACCAACCACUAAAUUCCAGACUGAACCAAAAUCCUAAGACUCUCACCUCAGCACUCUCUGGCCUCAGAAAUUAAAGUACUAGGAACUUCAGCUUAAACUUGCUUCUAUUCUACAAAGCCCUUCACCCUGAGGAGGAAAUUAGAACAUAUGGGGAAAGUACCUUUCUACUGUAAAUUCCAGGUGAUCCCAAGAUUUAGAUGUUUGACAUAUAUGAAGAAUACCUACAGCAGAGUGCAUGAGCUAUCUUUACAAUGAUCUAACAAAGAAGCCCAUGGAGGCUACAGGGUAUCUCCAGUUAAUUCUACUUGUGUAGACAUGACUUAGACAUGACCUAGGAUUUGACUUUCAUCUGGACAAGCUCAAGGCAGUAUGCUGGGACACGGCAGGACCUCUUGUAUCUGGUCAAUAUACAUCAACCCCAACUACUGGGCUUGAUAACUAAAAAGCACAUUCAACUAAUGAGGAAAGCUAUACUCUGUAAUUUUCAAGUGAUGGCUGUAAAAAAAUCCCUUUUUCUGGAGUUGGUUAUAAAGAUAAACCUGAGAAGUAAAGAUGGCUAGCUGUAAACUAAAACAAAGGAUAGGCUGCUACUAAACUGCCUCAGAAUGAGAAAAAAAUAAGUCCUUGAAAUUAUGAGGGUUAUAAGAAAACUGGGUAAUAAACACAGAGCUGUAUGUUACCAUUAACAAUGCCUUUAGAAGCUAAAGAGCAGUCACAAAGGGGAAGCACCCUUACAAGCAAGUGAUAAGAACAGUCAUCUCUAACUCCCAAGGCCACACUUAGCUUUGAAGAAUGAAAACAUGGGCUUGAAAAGUAGCUCAGCAGUGCUCACC